CACACAGGAAGGUCACACCACCCCUCACCAUCAUCAGGUUGAAGAACUGAAAGACAUUAAAGCUGAGAUUAAAGGGGAAGAAGAAGGGAUGUUGAUGAGUGGAGCUCAGCAGUUUAUGGAGGAGGGGGUACCUCUGUCUUCCCGGGAUUCCCCAGAGGAAGAUCACACCAUCCCUCACCAUCAUCAGGGUGAAGAACGGAUUAAUAUAAAAGCUGAGGUUAAAGAGGAAGAAGAAGAGACGUAUGUGGGGGGUGAUCAGCCGUCCAUGGAGGAGGUUGGGAUGAUUAUGAAGAGGGAACAGGAUGACAUUUCUCCACCUUUCGACACAAAUGGAUGUGAUGUGAGGAAUUCCUCGGAGAGACAUCUUCUAUUAUCUGCUGAUUGUAAGUCAGAAGAUGAUGUCAUCACACAGGAUCCUCCAGGAGGAAAUCCAAAUACACAAAAUAUACAUCACAGACCUUCCUGUCCGGAGACAUCAAUGGAUCCCUCUGAUCAGGGGGAAUCUUCUCAUCAAUCACAUACUAUGAUUGUAAAUAUCCAUGUAAGAUCUCACACUGCAGAUAGAUCAACAGAUCCUUCUAAUCCCGAGGAAUCUUCCUCACCCCAUGAAGGAGAUCACCGAGGUGACCAUCUAUUCUCAUGUACAGAGUGCAGGAAAUCUUUCACUCAGAAGGGAAGCCUUAUUCGGCACCAGAGAAUUCACACUGGAGAAUGUCCAUAUUCAUGUUCAGAGUGUGGGAAAUCUUUCACUCAGAAGGGAAGCCUUAUUCGGCACCAGAGUAUUCACACUGAAGAAAGUCCAUAUUCAUGUUCAGAGUGUGGGAAAUCUUUCACUCAGAAGGGAAGCCUUAUUCGGCACCAGAGAAUUCACACUGAAGAAAGUCCAUAUUCAUGUUCAGAGUGUGGGAAAUCUUUCAGUGGGAAAGGAGCACUUUCUACACACCAGAGAAUUCACACUGGUGAGCGUCCUUAUUCAUGUUUAGAGUGUGGGAAAUGUUUCACUCGCAAACACGACCUUGUCCAACACCAGAGAAUUCACACAGGUGAGCGUCCAUAUUCAUGUUUACAGUGCGGGAAAUAUUUCACUUACAAAGCGACCCUUGUUAAACACCAGAAAAUUCACACGGGUGAGUGUCCUUAUUCAUGUUCAGAGUGUGGGAAAUCCUUCAUUCAAAAAGGGGCCCUUGUUGAACACCACAGAAUUCACACAGGUGAACGUCCUUAUCUAUGUUCAAAGUGUGGGAAAUCUUUCAGUCAUCGAAUAGCCCUUGUUAGACACCAGAGAAUUCACAUGGGUGAGCGUCCCUAUUCAUGUUUACAGUGCGGGAAAUCUUUCACUCAAAAAGGGGUCCUUGUUAAACACCAGAAAAUUCACAUGGGUAAGCGUUCCUAUUCAUGUUUACAGUGCGGGAAAUCUUUCACUCAAAAAGGGGUCCUUGUUGAACACCAGAAAAUUCACACGGGUGAGCGUCCUUAUCCAUGUUCAGAGUGCGGGAAAUCUUUCAAUAAAAAAAGAGCCCUUGUUAAACACCAGAGAAUUCGCAUGCAUGAGCACCCUUUUUCAUGUUUAGUGUGUGGGAAAUCUUUUAAUCAAAAAGAAGCCCGUUUUGAACACCAGAAAAGUCACAUUGAUGAGCAUUGUUUUUCAUGUUCAGAGUGCGGGAAAUCUUUCAUUCUUCAAGGAACCCUUGUUAGACACCAGAGAAUUCACACAGGAGAACGUCCUUAUCCAUGUUCAGAGUGCGGGAAAUCUUUCAGUGAUCGAAUAGCCCUUGUUGAACACCAGAGAAUUCACACAGGUGAGCGCUCUUAUUCAUGUUCGGAGUGCGGGAAAUCUUUCACUCAGAUAGAAGGUCCUGUUAGACACCAGAUAAGUCACACAGGGGAGCAUACUUAUUUAUGUGUGGAGUGUGGAAAAACAUUUCACUCUGAAAGGAAACCUUUUGAAACACCAUAAAAGUCACACAGGUGAGCGUCCCCAUUCAUGUUCAGAGUGUGGGAAAUCUUACGUUUGUAAAUAAGACCUUAUUAAAAAUCAGAUAAUUCACAUAGGUUCAUGUUCAGAGUGCAGGAAAUCUUUCAAUAAGAAACAUAAUCUUGUUAAAAAUCAGAAAAUUCACACGGCUGAGCUUCCCUAUUCAUGAUCAGAGUGCGGGAAAUCUUUCAUUUGUAAAGGAAAGUUAAACACCAAAGAAUUCACACGGGUGAGCGUCCUUGUUUAUGUACAGAGUGCGGGAAAUCUUUCACUCGGAAAGGACAACUUCUAAAAAAAACAGAGAAGUCCUGCUAUCCUCUAAGUGCGGGAGUGAGUCAUCCUCAUUUAUCCAGCUUGUCGGUGUCCUUCCCCCUGUGUUCAUAACGCUGGGUACAAUGUAUAUCCUCUUAUUGCCACAUGUGAAUGCAAUCUUUUGAUGAAUGUGUUUAUAUCUCAAUAAAGUUUUCUAUGCAUUAGA